CUUCUUAAACGGCCAGAAAUCUGAAUCUUGUCUCAAAUAAUCAGUAAAUUUACUCAUCCGAAUGCCGGCUCCUUUCCAUACACCCCUGUCAGAGUAAAAAAUAAACACGAAAAAAAAACAUGAGCACCGAUCAGGAUGAUUCCGAGAAAAAGAGCCUGUAUCUUUUCGGACGGGACGUGUCGCAGAUCCCGUGCUUCCGCAGCUCGUUCCUGUACGGAAUCGGCACGGGAUUCGCCGGCGGGCUAGUCUACUUCAUGAGCACCAGCCGGGCCAGCAGGGCGACCCACGUCGGAUUCGCCUCCUUUUUCUUCUCCACCUUCAUUUACUGGGGCGUGUGCAGGUACAACUACGCGGUGUCAAAGUUCACGACGGCGCGCAUCAGGGAGGCGACGCAGCUGCCGCAACAAAGGGCCAUUGUUGAGCGGCCGGUGGACGCGUGAGGCCCCCAGCGACACACAGACUGAUUAGUUAAAUGGUAACAAUUUCAAGUGAUUAAAACUCGAGGCGUUUGUUGUUGCAACGAUUACGCUGAAGAGGAGAGGUUUUAAUUGUUGGUGAUUGCGGUCGGUGGGAGUGUCAAGGUCGGAUUAAGGUGGUGUGUUCACUAUUAUCUUCGAGUUUGACAAGGAAAGAGGAUCGUAAAGAUAUAGAAACAAGUUUCACAGCCAAAUUGAGGGUUUUUAGUUUUCUACUAAUUGCGAGAUAAGUAUUUUCCUUCCAGAUUUUUACCCAGCCGGCUUUUUGAGAAAAUACUGUUUAAAAAUAACACAUUUUUUUGUAUCUGUUUUGACAAUUGCUAUGUUGAGAUGGACACUAAAUUAUAAAAAAAAAAAAAUUAAUGAAAAUAAACUACGAUUAAGACUUUUUUUGUAAAACGGAGAUUUGUGCUAUUUUUUUUUUUAAUGGCCUCAUAGUUAUGUUUGAUAAAACUUUGGCUUUACAAUGUGAGAUGAAUAGCUUUUUGGUCACCAAUCGAUUCAUGGUGACCUGACCUUUCCAAAGAUAGUUUUAAGCAGAUUUGAAUUUGGUGGUGGGGGAACCGUUUGGACCAAUCAGAUCGCUUAAUUCUUAAAAUUGCUGUUUUCCUAAGAAAUCUUCCGAUGCCCUUGACCUUUUUGGUCAUCAAUCGGUUCUUUGUGACUCCACUUUACGUAUGGUGUAAUUAUUUCAGACAUUUACCAACUGAAUUUUGAGAUAUUUCAACAAUUUAAAGACUAAAAAAGGCAAAACUUGCCAAUUAUACAUUUAUAGGGCUAUGAUUUUUUUUAUAAUUCUAUAAAGUCAGAUUUACAAUCUUAUAUUACUUAAACAGUUCACCAAGUAUUCAUUUUUAUAAAAUACUCCUAAAUUUCUUUGAAUUUCUUUAAGUUUUAAAUUUUUCAUUGAUAAAAAAAAUGAACUCAACAUUAAGAAAUAAAUUCUCAAUAAUCAAUCCGUGUAAGUGGGUUCAGGUCAAAUUUUCAGGCUUUCUCUUCGCUGACUCCGCGACGAGAAUAAAUAUGAACACACCACCUUAAUCUGCCACAAUGAAGUGCGUGAUGGCCAUUCAAGUGCGUCGCCUGACUUAAACGGGUGGGCGGCGCGCAUUCCUUUGAAAGCGACGUGUCGACUCCAAAUC